ACUUUUUUUACCUUUUCUUCUCCUUUAACCAAGGUCUAUGUAAAACAAAUGUUGCUUGUAAUGGUUUCUUGUAUUGUUUUUUUUUGACAGAGGGAUGUACUGAACUGGACUGGUCUCUACCAGGAACUGUAUGCACAAGUGAUAACCAAAUUUUGAUUGAUGACAUGAAAAGUGUAAUUUCAUCUUCAUCUCUAGUUGAUUCAAAUAAUCAUAUUUCUGAACUUUACUUUAAACUGAUGAAAUUAGAACAAGAAACUCAGCUUCUGCGUGACAUAAACCGAGCUUUGAGGGAAGAGAAUAUUUUCCUGAAAGACUCACUGAAAAAAUCAGGAGAUAAACCAGCAAGUUCUGACAAAUCCGAAAGAGUACUCGACCAAGGUUGCUCUGCUACUUGUAUACCGUGCCCAUUUGCCUCACAAGAACAGGGAAGACUCUCUGGUAUGAGGCCCAGUUACGAUGCUGACUUUGCAAAAGCCCUGAAGGUUUUCUAUCAAAGCAUGAGCACAAUCAGAGCACAUUUCCUGCGCCUGAAACACUACAAACCCCCAGAGGAAGAAAAUAUCAAUAUGCUUCGACUUUUUACAGAGAAACAGUCACAAAUGUUUAAGGAUUUCUGGCAGCAACUCGAGAGCUGUAUUUGCAAGUUGAAAAACGAUGUGGCAGUUAUUGUUAAGAAAAAGAGAGAGACCCUGGCUUGCAUCAAAAAAUAAGCAGGAAACACGUUUAUUCCACUGGUACAGAGGCUACCAUAUCAUGUUUGCCUUCCUGAUGCUUUGAGAGGAGGAGACCAAACACAUUUGCAUUAUAUAAUUUCUAAACCCAACUUGAAAAAUUGUCUUUUUGCUUUAUUCACCAAAUUUCUGGACCCUAGUCUGGUUGUUGCUUGCAUGUAAGCACUUUUGGGCAAAAGAUUAAAAAAAAAUGGGGCAUGAGACAUGUAUUUGUAAGUGUGCGGGGGUGUCAAAGUGUAAGAUAAAAACUACUCUGAAUUUAGAAGGGGGGGGAACCUUAUAGGGAUCAGGAAUAAAAUGUAUCUAUCAGAACAUCCUUUAUUUUGUUCACUCUUUAAAAAAUAAAGGUAAUAGGGGCAGCCACCUAUACCUACUAAUAUUUUGCCUCCUUUAUGAACUCUAGAUCCAUGUCUUUCUUUGUACUGGAGACUCAAUAACUAAGUUUAUGCCUCUAAUAUAGGACUAUAGAUUUUCUGGGUCCUUGUUGCUGCAGAUUAAAGUUACUUACUACAGUGUGUCAAACUCACCAAAACAUAAUCAAAUAGUUAACAUACUCCCCACAAGAACUAGUGGUUUUAGUUCACUUCUGGAUAGGUCUAUGGCUAUGGAACACAUUCCUGGUAGCAUGACAUUAGGCCUGGAAUUGUAGGAAUAACAUUUUCUGUGCCAAUGACGCAGUACCUAUGUUGCUCAACCCACCAGACACAAGUAUCUUAAUUCUAAUCAUACUGACUUAUUCGUUGGAUUUGCAUUGGGAAAUGUACAAUUGCUAAUGCAGUUAGAGAGGCACGAUGCAGCAGCACUGUUUUUUUGGUGGAUGGACACAGAGCAGAGCAAUAUAUUCUACUCUGCUGGAAUGUCACCGAUUAGCCAUACAUUGGCAAAACCAUAUGGCAACUAACUGAUCAGCUCAACAGAUUGUGAAAUUUUCAGCCAGGUCAGAUAAUUCUUGAGCCACCAGCGUCAGAAGAUUUGUAAAAACUUGCUAUACAAGCUCAGAUGGGGGAGUGUGUAUGGGCAUGUAUGGGCAGCGGUAUGAUGGCUUCUUGUUUGAGUGUGCUGGGUGCAUUACCAGAGCUCAGCCUACCCUUACAUUUAUACUGGUUUGCAUUUGAUAGAAAGCCAUCUCCUGUAGAGCGCUGGGAACAGCAACAGAAAACAGUGCAAACAUUAGAUAAAUGCACAGGAGAUUAAAGCACCAUCGUGUAUACCUAUGCCUAAAGGCUGCCCUUUGUUUUUUGUUUGAAUAUGUCAAAUGAAUCUCUGUAUAGCUUGUCUGAUGUAUAGAUAUUAAUAUAUAGGAGAGACAAAGUUAGAUUUUAUUUUUUUUUAAUAAAAAGUAAA